AUGCCUACCAUCGGUGUGGAUAAGGCGGCCCUCUUCAAGGAGCUGGGCCGGGAAUAUACCUACCAGGAAUUCGACGACCUAUGCUUCGAAUUCGGUAUCGAGUUGGACGAGGACACAAGCCUGAGCACCAAGCCAGAAGACCAGGCGCAACCACCACAACUCAAGAUUGAGAUUCCGGCAAAUCGCUAUGACAUGCUAUGUUUCGAGGGUAUUGCCAUGAACCUAAAGGUCUUCCUUGAGAAGCAGAAGCUGCCCAAGUGGACUGUUACCGCGCCUAAGGGAGGAGAGCUGCAGGUGCUCGACAUCAAGCCUGAGACCAAGCAAAUACGAGAGCUCUGCUCAGGUGUCAUACUACGGGGUAUCAAAUUCACACAAGAACGAUACGACUCCUUCAUCGCGUUACAAGACAAAUUACACUCCAACCUGGCGCGUCAACGGACACUUGUAUCUAUUGGAACACACGACUUGGAUACAAUUCAGGGCCCCUUCUCAUACGAAGCACUACCGCCAGAGCAGAUCAAGUUCGUGCCCUUGAAGCAGGACAAGGAAAUGAAUGCGAAGGAGCUCAUGGAGUUCUACGAGAAAGACAAGCACCUGGGACGCUUCCUGCACAUCAUUCGCGACUCGCCUGUAUACCCCGUAAUCUACGAUGCGAACCGUACCGUUCUCUCCCUUCCGCCCAUCAUCAACAGCAAUCACAGCAAGGUUACACUGGACACAAAGAACGUAUUCAUCGAGAUCACUGCGACCGACAAGACAAAGGUCGAAAUCGUCAACCACAUGAUGGUCACUAUGUUUGCUGGGUACGCGGAGUCGAUCGAGCCUAUCAAGAUCAACUCGCCCCACAAUGGAGAGUCAAGAGAGUCGCCAGAUCUGUCACCGCGACAAAUGCAGGUUGAGGUGGACUACCUGAACCAGGUCACUGGCCUCACCUUGUCACCCGAUGAGAUCUCGAAACUCUUGUCGCGUAUGGGCCACGACGUCUCACCGUCUCAAUCCGACAAGAACAUCCUUGACGUUUCGGUACCUGUCACAAGAGCGGACAUCCUGCAUCAAGCGGACAUCAUGGAAGAUUACGCCAUCGCAUACGGCUUCAACAAGCUGCCGCGAGUAUACCCGAACAAGACUGCUGCUGUCUCCGCGCCAUUACCCAUCAACAAGCUCGGUGAUAUUGUCCGGAUAGAGUCUGCGUCAUCGGGAUGGACCGAAGUUAUGCCUCUCAUUCUCUGCUCGCACGAGGAGAACUUCGAGUGGCUGAACCGGAAAGACGACGGAAAGACAGCGGUGAAGCUUGCGAACCCCAAGACGGCGGAAUACCAACUCGUCCGAACAUCGCUACUACCGGGUCUACUCAAGACUAUCAACUCCAACAAGCAUCAUUCAGUACCGAUGAAGAUCUUCGAGGUCAGCGACAUUGGUCUAGUCGAUUUGGAGCAGGAGAGGAAGAGCAGGAACGAGCGCCACUUCGCAGCCGCGUUCAUGGGCAAGACAAGUGGUUUCGAGCAAGUACACGGUCUGCUGGACAGGCUGAUGCUCAUGCUCCGGUCGGCAUUCCUUACGCGCGAAGACGGACUAAAAAACGAGCAAUUGCAGGGCUACUGGAUAGAAGAGGUUGAUGACCCGACCUUCCUUCCUGGCCACUCAGCGGCUAUCAAGCUCAACCUCGGCGGCAAGAACCACACCAUCGGUGUCUUUGGUAUCCUGCACCCGAGCGUGCUCCAGAAGUUCGAGUUACCAUACCCCGUGAGUACGCUAGAGUUCAACCUGGAGAUCUUCUUGUGA